AUGUUCGCCCUCCGCUCGGCCGGAUCCAUCUUACGACAGCGUGCGGCCCCGCCUUUGGUCGCCACCGUCCAAGUCAAUGCUCACGCCAAUGCUCACACCAAUGCCUCGAUCGCAUUGGGUGUCGCGGGCCUGGCUGGCAUGGCGGCCCUCCCAGCCACCAGGUCUCGCGCACCCGUGCGUUGGGCCCGUCGUGCUUUUGUCCGUCUCAACAGUGGUGUCGCUGGUGCUGGUCGUGUUGGUCUUCGUGCUGCCGGUGCCGUUGGUCGUCUCGGAAAGCGAACUCUGCCCGGUCGCAUGGCCGGUCAAGCAAUCGGCAGACUCUACCCUGGACGUGCAGCUCGUGCUGUCACCCGUCUUCGUGUCGGCGGCAGGACCAUGAUCCGCUUCAACUCGACGCAGGCUGGACGCAGGUUGCCCCCGUCGGCUUCGACAAAGGACGGCAAGGACACGGCAUCGACUACGACUUCGGCGGGCUCGACUUCUGGCUCUGGUGGAAACGGCAACGGCAGCUCUGGUGGUUCGGGAGGCUCUGGGAACGGCAAGGGAAAGAAAACGCUGAAAGACAAGCUCUCGCGUGCAUGGAAGACGCCGACAAAGUGGUACCCGAUCCCCAUCGCACUUGGUGCUCUCGUGCUCGUGGCCGUGCAAUGGCGCAAGCAAAAGCGAGAAGAGCCGCUCGUCGAGACGCAGGGCCCGGACGGUGCUGUCGUUCGUGCAGAGGGACCGUGGCAGCUCACCGAACAGGUUCGCAUCCUUGGUGCGCUCCCGCUUCGAUCCAUGUCACGCCUCUGGGGUUACCUGAAUUCGCUGGUGCUUCCGGUCUGGUUCCGUCCAUACGGAUUCAGGUUCUACGGUUGGAUCUUUGGCUGCAACCUCGACGAAUGCGUUCCGCAAGAUCUGACGCAGUACGAGUCGCUCGGUGAAUUCUUCUAUCGUGAACUCAAGGCUGGAGCCCGUCCUAUCGCCGACGCCGAGGUCGUUUCGCCCGCCGAUGGACGAGUGCUGCACCUUGGAGAGAUUGCCGGGUCAAAGGUCGAGCAGGUCAAGGGCAUGACGUAUUCGCUGUCUGCCCUUCUUGGACAGGGUGCUGAGCCUUAUUCGCAGAUGGAGAUCGAGAGGCAGGGAUCAUCAAAGAUCGUUGGUGGUCAGAAUGUCCGGAGCUACGACGACGAGAACUUCGCCGAGAUCAACGAGAUCCCAUAUUCUCUUGGAUCGCUCAUGGGUACCGACAGCGCUGCUGAGGUUCAGGAGAACCCCAGCGACGUGAACGAGGGUGAGGCCGAUGCCUCGGUCCAGGCGCAGACCGAUGUUCAGCACGAUGCGAGUGUUGCGUCCAAGCUCGGCCUCAAGGCGAUUAUCCCCGAGACCGGCAAGGACGCUGAUGUCGCCCCGAUCAAGCCGGGCAAUGCACUCUUCUUCUGUGUCAUCUACCUCGCCCCCGGUGACUACCACCGCUACCACUCGCCGACCGCUUGGGUCGUCGAGCGACGACGACACUUCACCGGUGACCUGUUCUCGGUGUCGCCGUACAUUGCGAACCGACUCCGCAACCUCUUUGUUCUCAACGAACGUGUUGCCCUGCUCGGACGAUGGAAGCAUGGAUUCUUCUCCAUGACGCCCGUCGGUGCGACCAACGUCGGCUCGAUCAUUGUGAACUUUGACAAAACGCUCCGCACCAACACCAAGGAGCGAACGCACCCGCCGCAAACGUUCACUGAGGCCGUCUACUCGUCCGCCUCGAUCCUGAAGGGACAGCCGCUGCUUCCCGGAGAGGAGAUGGGAGGAUUCAAGCUCGGAUCAACAAUUGUCCUGGUGUUUGAGGCCCCGAAGGAGUUCAAGUUCCAGGUCAAGCCAGGAGAUUACGUCAAGGUCGGUCAGGAGCUUGGAGAGAUUGACGCUUAA